AUGUCUACCCCCAAGAAGGACAAGGAACCCGGCGAGCUCACCGAGAAGGAGCUCCUCGUUCUCGGAAUGGCACAUAGUUGCUUCAAGGGCAAUCCCGAGAUCGACUGGGACAAACUGGCCCAGAUGGGCAGCUACCAAAACCCUCGCAGCGUGCAGAACCUUCUCAACGCAGCCAAGAAGAAGAUCGCCAUCAAGGCGUCGGCUCUGGGCAUCGAGCCCACCACCCCUGCCAAGGCCAUCCCCCGCGGCGGCAAGGGCAAGGCCGGUACCGGCAGUGCCCUCAAGCGCAAGGCAACCGCGGCCCCGGAUGCUGCCGAUGAAGACGCCGAGGGCGAUGAUGCCAACCCCACCCCGACCCCCUCCAAGCGAGCGCGCAAGACCGCGGUCCCCAAGUCCGACGUCAAGAGUGCCCAGGGUAUCGAUGGCGAGGAUGCUGAGGAGGCUGGAGAGGACGAGAAUGGUGCUGCCACCAUUGAGGUUUAG